AUGGCCACCGAACUUACCGUGCAAUCGGAGCGCGCUUACCAGAAGCAGCCUCACAUCUUCUUGAACUCCAAGACAAAGGCAAAGUCCCGGAGAGUCGGCAAGGGUGGACGAAGAUGGUACAAGGACGUUGGUCUAGGAUUCAGAACACCAAAGACUGCCAUUGAGGGAAGCUACAUCGACAAGAAGUGCCCUUUCACCGGCCUUGUCUCGAUCCGUGGCCGUAUCUUGACCGGCACCGUUGUGUCCACCAAGAUGCACCGCACACUCAUCAUCCGCCGAGAAUACCUCCACUUCAUCCCCAAGUAUUCCAGAUAUGAGAAGAGACACAAGAACUUGGCUGCGCACGUUUCACCAGCUUUCCGUGUUGUGGAGGGUGAUCAGGUUACCGUUGGACAAUGCAGACCAUUGAGCAAGACUGUCCGAUUCAAUGUUCUUCGCGUGCUUCCCCGAACUGGCCAGGCUGUUAAGCAGUUUAACAAGUUCUAA